AUGGCUUCCAGAUCAGAGGAGGAUUUCUGCUGUCCUGUCUGUCAUGAGGUCUUUAGAGAUCCUGUUGUUCUGUCAUGUAGCCACAGCUUCUGUAAAGACUGUCUGAAGAGCUGGUGGAGAGAGAGACCAACACCUGAGUGUCCAGUUUGUAGGAGAAGAUCUGCAACACUCCCACCUUCAAACCUGGCUUUAAAGAACCUGUGUGAGGCAUUCAAACAGGAGAGAGAUCAGAGAUCUUCAGAGUCUCUCUGCAGUCUGCACUCUGAGAGACUCAAACUCUUCUGUCUGGACCAUCAGCAGCCAGUUUGUGUCGUCUGCAGAGAUUCAGAAAAACACACCAACCACAGAUUAAGACCCAUCGAUGAAGUUGCUCCACAACACAAGAAGGAACUUCAGGAAACUCUGGAGCCCUUAAAGAAGAAGUUAAAGGAUUGUGAACAAGUUAAAGAGGAGUUUGAUCAAACAGCACAACACAUUAAGGUCCAGGCCCAACACACAGAGAGGCAGAUUAAGGAGCAGUUUAAGAAGCUUCACCAGUUUCUAGAGGAGGAAGAGGAGGCCAGGAUCACUGCUCUGAGGGAGGAAGAGGAGCAGAAGAGUCAGAUGAUGAAGGAGAAGAUGGAGGCUCUGAGCAGAGAGAUAGCAGCUCUGUCACACACAGUCAGAGCCACAGAGGACGAGCUGAGAGCUGAAGACGUCUCAUUCCUGCAGAACUACAAGGUUACAGUGGAAAGAGUCCAGCAGCGCCUCCUGCUGGAUGAUCCACAGCUGGACUCCAGAGCUCUGAUAGAUCAGGCCAAACAUCUGGGGAACCUGACCUUCAACAUCUGGCACAAGAUGAAGUACAUGGUCUCCUACAGUCCUGUGGUUCUGGAUCCAAACACUGCUCAUCCAGAAUUCAUCCUGUCUGAAGAUCUGACCAGUGUGAGAGUUGGACGGAAACAGAAUCUUCCUGACAAUCCAGAGAGGCUUGAUAACUUCCUCAUUGUCCUGAGCUCUGAGGGUUUUAACUCAGGGACUCACAGCUGGGAUGUUGAAGUUGCAGACAAUACAUACUGGGACCUGGGUGUUGUAGCAGAGUCUUUUCAGAGGAAGAGAAACGUACAGUCUGGAUUAUGGGGAAUAGGUUGCUAUGAAGUUAUAUACUCAGCACAUUCACCGUCAGCCCCCAUCACUUUUCUCCGAGUGCAGAAGAAGCUCCAGAGGAUCAGAGUGAAUCUGGACUGGAACAGAGGAAGAUUGUCGUUCUCUGAUCCUGAUACUAACACACACAUACACACCAUCACACACACUUUCACUGAGAAGCUGUUUCCAUUCAUUAGAACUGAUGAUAAACUGAAGAUCUCACCACUGAAGGUCUCUGUGACAGUGGAACAGAGCAGUUAG